UUGCACAUGUACCCUCUUAAUAUAAUCACAAUUCAUAAUUAUUGGUUUAUAUAUUUGCUUUCCCACUCUCUUUUCACUCCAUUUCCUUUUUUGUUUUCUCCAGGCAGUGAAAAUCAAUCUCCGAAGUGGGAUUCCGGUGAGCGAUUUAAAGAGAAGAAACCCUAAUUAAUUAGCUGAAAAAUGGGUCAGAUCCAAUACUCGGAGAAAUACUUCGAUGAUACUUAUGAAUAUAGGCAUGUAGUUCUUACUCCUGAUGUAGCCAAACUUCUCCCUAAGAAUCGUCUUCUCGCCGAAACUGAAUGGCGUGCGCUUGGAGUUCAGCAGAGCCGUGGCUGGGUUCACUAUGCUAUUCAUCGCCCAGAGCCACACAUCAUGCUCUUCAGGAGGCCAUUGAACUAUCAGCAACAGGAGAAUCAAGCUCAACAAAUUCUUGCUAAGUGAUUAUCAUCGUCAUUACUGUCAAGUUUAGUUUUUUUUAACACCCUUCUAAUACCAAUGUCGAAAAAUCGUCAGUCAAAUAUAGAAUGUUACUUUUGUGUUUGUGCUCUCUGCAUAAACAUAUAUGCAUAAUUUCGGAUUGUCUAGCCUAUUUCGUGUCUUGUGUUUUGUUGUUGUAAUUCUCUUCUUUAGAGAAUUUCAUGUUAGGCAGUUUGCUUAUUCUUCUUCCUUUUAGCAACCAUGGUUUGUUGUUGAGUUAAUCAUAUGAUGAUGGUUUAACUUUGUGGUCGGUUUGGUUGGAUGGAUAGAAUUUGGUCGAUUCAUGAUGGUCGAUUGUGAUCGAUAGAUAAGUUUCUACUACUGUUCUGUUUAUUAUUUGUGGCUCUGGUUGUUGGUUUUUCAAUAUCACAGGAUUCAGAUAUUGCAUA